CAAUAACAGGGGACCCCGGUUUCUGGUGGAACCAAAAGCAAAGUUUCUCUAGAAGCCUUACCCGAGUGGGACCUGCACUCAGAAUUCUUGCAGUGACUGCUAGUUGCUUCUACCGUAUUUAGGCAUCACUUAGGGCCGCUCUUUUGGAGCCUGCGUGCGUUCAACGCUGUGCUGAGCUGUAAGGAUAUCAGCGGCAGUGGCUUCAAUAUAAAAGGACCAAGCAUGUCCACCGCAUGGCUGCCUGGGCGGCCAGCGUGUGGCCGCUUGGUGCCUGGGCGAUCGGCAUCAGCGGUACUGCUCGGCCACCGCAUGCUAGGCACACGCCGACUCGCCUGGUCGCCGCCCGGGUGCGGGCAUCUGGGGACCAGCCGCUCGCGGACUGUAACGUUAGGCGGGCUGUUGCUACUGCCGCGGCCCGCGCCCGCAGCAGCGGCUGUAGCAGCCUCGGCGGCGGCAGCAGCCGGCUGUAGCGGCUUCCCCGCCGGCAGCAGGAGUGCUAGUGGCGGCGGCUAUAGCAGCAGCAGCAGUAGCAGCAGCAACAGCGCCGGACAUGGGCUCGCACGGCCCGCGGGGGGGCGGGCGCCACGGCGUGCCGGCAAGGGGCGGGGGCUGCCGGUAGCGGCGGCUGCGGGAGGCGGCGACAGUGCUGAUGGUGGCGGCGUCACGACGGCACAGGCCAGCAUGAACGGCGCCGGCGCCUCCUCCUCCCGCGGCACCGCCGCAGCGCCGCCCUCCUCCUCGUCGCCACCAACAACCACACCCUCGGCCUUCACGCUGUGCCGCUUCGUGGUCCCCUCCGACCCGCCCGCGCCGCUGCCGCACCCCAGCAGCAGCACCGCGGCCGCCGCCGCCGCAGCCACCGACGUCCUGUUUCUGGUUGGGAGCUGUCCGGAGCUGGGGGAGUGGGAUCCGGGCCGGGCUCUGAAGCUGGCGGCGGUGGCGGGCGGCGGCUGGGCGGCGGAGGCGCGACUGGAGCUGGAGAGCGAGGUGGCUGCGAAGCUGCUCAUCAUGCGCGACGGCACUCGGAUGGAGUGGGAGCUGGGGCCCAACCGCGUCCUGCGCGGCGCCCUCACCGCCGCCGCCGCCCAGCCCGGCACCGGCGCGCCGCCGCCGCGCGCGCUGCUGUUCUCCUGCCCCUGGAACCAGCCCGACAACACCACCCGCAUCGAGCUGGAGGCGGCGCAGCUGCCGCCGCUGCAGCCGGCGGUGCCGGCGGCGGCGGCGGCGGCUCCGCCGCCGAAGGCGGCUGCGCCGCCGCCGCCGCCUCCGGCGGCGGGCGCGGCGCCGGGAGGUGUGCAGGUGAACACGACCGAGCUCAGAAAGCUUCAACAGAAGCUGACGGCACAAAUUGCGGACCUGCAGCAAUCGGGCGCGAGCGCCGCCGCCGGCCGGCAAGCCGCCGCUGGUGCGGCGGCGGCGGCGGCCGCGGCGGCGGCAGCUGGGGCGGGCGCGGCGCGGCCGGCGGCGGCUGCUGGCGGCGCCACGGCGGCGGCACUGGCGGCGGAUGGCGAGCUGCAGCGACUGACGGCGCAGCUACAGAGCGUCAGCGCGCAACUGGAGACCACCAUGACAGAGAUGGCCUCCGCCCGCGCCGCCGUGGUGGCCAAGGAGAGGGCCAUGGCGGAGCUGGAGGAGCGGCUGGCGGCGGCGGCGGCCCGGGACGCGGAACGCAAGCAGGAGCUGCAGGCUGUUCGCUCCCAGCUGGCCGACGCCGUGGCUCGCACCAGCGCCGCCGCCGACGCCUCCGCCACCGCCGACACGCUGGCCUCCAAGACAGCCGCGGCGCUGCAGAGCGAGCUGGCGGCAACGAAACAGAUGUAUGAGUCCACUCUGGCCGAGCUGGCCGAGGCCAACUCCAUCAACGCCAACAGCCGUGCGCUGCUGAGUCAGCUGGAGGAGAACUUCGGAGCUGCCAGUAGCCAAUACGAGGCCACCCUGCAGCUGUUCGACUCGCGAGUGACGGAGCUGACGCGGCAGCUGGAGGCAGCGGAGCGGGCGCGGAGCGAGGAGGUGUCGGCUCUGGAGGCGGCUCUGGCCUCCACACGCACCGGGCAGCAGGAGGUGCUGGCGCAGAUCCAGGAGAACUUCAUGGCGGCCUCCCAGCAGUACGAGACCACACUCACGCUGUACGACACGCGAGUGGUGGAGCUGGAGGCGGCGCUGGAGGGCGCGGAGUCGCGGCGGCUGGAGGACGUGUCGUUGCUGGAGGGGGAGCUGGAGGCGGCGCGCCAGGCCCAGGCCACGCUGCUGGGCGAGCUGGAGGAGUCGCUCACCGCCACCAGCGCCCAAUACGAGGCCACACUCAAGCUCUACGAGGACAAGAUAGACGAGCUGAACGCGCAACUGGAGGCGGUGCAGGCCGACUACAGCAGUCGCAUCGGCGAGCUCAACACAAACAUUUCCACCGAGCAGGCCAGCCAGCGCAAGGCGGCCGAGGAGUUCGGCGCCCAGCUCGCCGACCUGACGCAGCAGCUGCGGGGGGCGGCGGAGCGGGAGGAGCAGCUCACCCAGCGCCUGGCGCGUGUGGAGGCGGAGGCGGCGGAGGCGCGGGCCUCGCUGCAGAGUGAGCUGGACUCGUUGCGGCGGGACGGCAGCGAACGCCAAAGCGCCCUGCAGCAGCAGCUGGCGCAGGUGCAGGACACCGCCACCCAGUUUGAGCAGCUGGCUCGCGACCAGGCCGCCAGCCUGGCCAACGCGCAGGAGCGGCAGGGCGAGCUGGUGGCGCAGGUCCUGGCGCUGCAGCAGGAGACGGCGGCGCGGGAGGCGGAGCUCCGGUCCACCACCGCCCGCUAUGAGGAGCUGGCUCGGGAGCAGGCGGCGGGUCUGGCUACGAGUCAGGAGCGACAGGCGGAGCUGGUGGCGCAGCUGCUGGCCCUGCAGCAGGAGAGUCAGGCCAAGGAGUCGGAACUGCGGGCGGCGCUGGCGGCUGAGCGGCAGGCCAACGAGAAGGGCUCCAUCCUGCUGCGCGAGCGCGGCGCCGCACUGGACUCGUCGCUGGCGGCGCAGCAGCGGCUGCAGAUGGAGCUGAGGGAGCUGCAGGACUCGUUGGGGUCCCGUGAGGCCGCUGCGGAGCAGGCCAAGGCGCAGGUGCUUGAGGCGGCGGCGGCGGCGGAGGCGGCGCUCACCACACAGCUCAAGGAGGCGCGCGAGGCGGCGGAGAAGAGGGAGUCGGCGCUACGGAAGGAGGUGGACGUGUUGAGAAACGCCACGAGUGAGGCGUCCGCCAAACUGAAGGAGCAGAAGUCGCAGUCGGAAGAGCUGGCGGCGGCGCUGGCGGCGGCGCAGGCGCGGGCGGCGCGGGAGUUGGAGGAGGCGCGGGCCGCGGCGGCGGAGGCGCGGGCGGCGGCGGCGGCGGCGGCCGAGGCGGCCAAGGCCAAGGAGCGCGAGCUGGGAGAGCUUGCAGACUCCGCGCGUGCCGAGGCGGAGCGUGUGGCUGCGAAGUUGGCGGAGGCGGAGGCGGCGGCGGCGAGCGCGACCGGCCGGGAGCGGGAGCUGGGGGAGCAGCUGGCCGGCAAGGAGGAGGCGUUAACGGCGGCACGUGCCGAGGUGGCGGCGGCGCGGCGGCAGCUGGAGGAGGCGCAGCAGCAGCUGGCGGACCGCGACGCGCAGCUGGCCGACCUGCCCGACCUGCAGCAGCGGCUGGGUCUGAUGGACGAGCUGAGUGCCGAGCUGGCGGAGCUGGCGGAGGCGCACGCCGCAGCGCAGGAGAGGCUGGCGGCGGCGGGGGCGGAGGCGGAGGCGGCACAGGCGGCAUUGCGGGCAGUCCAGGCCGACUACUCCGCCGCGCAGUCCAAACUGGUGGAGCUGGGGAGGAGCUAUGAGGCGCUCAAGGCGGAGGGCCAGGAGCAGAACGCGCAGUGGGACGCGGCGGAGGAGGAGCUGUUGAACGAGAUCGCGGAGCUGCAGGAGGCGGUUGUCAAGUACCGCGAGACCAUCUCGGAUCUCAAUGCGGACCUGGCGGAGCUCAACCAGCGGUACAGCAGCCUGGUGCAGGACCGGCAGCGUGCAACCGAGGACGGCGGCAAGCGCUCGGAGGAGCUCGGCGCCGCGCAGUCGCGACAGGCGCAGCUGCAGGAGCAGCUAAAGCGCUCUGAAAGCCGAUUGGAGCGUCUGGCGGCGCAGCUGGCGGACGAGCAAGAAGCACGGCGGCGGGAUGCGGAGGUGGCGGCGGCGCAGCGGGAGGCGCUGGCGGCGGAGGCGAAAAAGGCCGCGGCGGCGAGUGCGGCUGCCAGCAAGGGCGCGGGUGCGGGCGCGGAGGCGGCUGCGCAGCAGGUGGCGGAGCUGCAGGUGGCACUGCAGCAGUCGGAGGCGGUGCGGCUGGCGCAAGUGUCGGAGCUGCAGGAGCGGCUGGCUAAGGCCAACCAGGCCGCGGCUCAGAUGCGCGGCCAGCAGUCCGGCGAGUCGCCCCGCGGCGGCGCCGGCGCCGCGGCCGCCGGGCCGGAGGCGGCGCGGCUGCGGGCGGAGCUGGAGGGACGCAUGGCGGCCAUGGUCAGGGAGUACGGCUCCCGCUCCACCGCUAGCCGCGCCGCGCUGCGCACGCUGCGUCAGAGCCUGACGCUCAUCCGGCGCGGCGGGGUGGCGGCGCAGAGCGCGCAGGAGCGGCUGAUGGACGAGCUGCGGGCCGCCGAGAUGGAGAUGGAUGCGAUGUCCGCGCUAGGCACCAAAUACGCCCUGCCCGCACCCGCCUCUCCACGUGGCGCCAUCGAGGCCGCCUCUUCCGCCGCCGCCGCCGAUGCGGCCGCUACGGCGCGUGACGACGCGGCGGCGGCGGCGCAGCGGCAGCGCCGGCCGGCGGCCAACCCGGCGGCGGCGGAGUACGAGGAUGCCGGCAGCAACAAGGACAACUUGUUCACCCGCUCCCGCACCAGCACAGGCAGUAGCAGCAGCAGCUCAGGCAGCGGAAGCGGCGGCAGUAGCAGCGGCGGCGGCGGCGGCGGCACAUCGAAGGCGCAGCCGCAGCAGCCCGGGCGCUCCACGAGUGCGGACUGGCGGCGGCUUGUGUCAGGGGGCGAUGCGGCGGGCAAGGACGCUGACGGCGGCGGCCGCGGCACAGGCGACAGCCCCACCCGCCGCGCAUUCGGCGACUGGCGAAAGAACCUGUGAUAGAUUAUUAAGAGAUGGCUGAUGAGUUUGGUAGAAGAAUACGGUAUAGGAACGGUACUUGAUACAAGUCGGAGUAGAGUGGUGAUGGCUUAAGAGCAGGGCUAACAACAUCAUUCCAAACCGUUGGCAUUUAGCUAGCUACAGCUUGGAAGCGGGGGCUCGUCGCAAUUUUGAGUUCUGGGUUCUGAAAGCGUAGGCGGGCGCGGUGCAGGCAGCAUUGCUGGGUGCUUCUGGGUUGGAAAGCAGGCUGAUCCCUCAACAUGCGGGGACAGGCGCAUAUGUAUGGUGCGGUAGUGUUAGAGGUCGGACUGCUUCGCGCUGCGGGGGCUUGCUUGAGCGUGGCGUGCCUGCUGUGCAGUGGUGGUACCGGUAGCGGAGGUGGUAAUGGUGGUGGUAGUGGUGGUGGUAGUGGAGGUGGGAGUGGAGGUGGGAGCAAUACUGAUGGCAGGGCGCGUGCGCAGCAGCUGUCUUGGUGUGUGUUUGUUUUGCCCGGCUGUCGGCGGGCGGAGGCUGCGACUGCAGGACUUGCGAGGACCGGCGGUACACACACGCACACGGGGCGGUGGUGGCGGGGGCAAUCUUGCGGACAGCGUCGCUUCCAGGCGUCACUGUCCGCUCAGUGCGGCUACCAAAUAUGCUCGACGUCACGACAUGCACACAAAACCUAACCAAUUCGCACGACCCUGUGUACAUACACAGAGAUGUGUAGAACUGUUUUACUGCAGGGCGGCGGGGCUGUGGGAAGAGCGAGCGAGAGCCCCGACGAGCCCCGCGCCGCGCACUGCCGCGCUCGCUGAUAUCGUCCGCCACCUGCCGACCGUUGGCGCCCGUCCUAACACAGACAGGCGCCCGCGCGUUCAUGGUUAUCAGCAAUGCUGAUAAGUGCGGAACAGCGCACCGCGCGGCGAUGCGGCGACUUGUGGCACAUUUGACGGGCCCCGCCACGCACGGUUACAUGGGACGUGCGAAGCUGCCCGCCGCGUCUCCAA